AUGGAUGUUCUUAGAAGAGCAGAGGUGAUCGAUAGCAAGAGUUGCUCGAAGCUGCGCGUGGAUUUUACGACCUCUCGACGUGGCGGCCGCACGUCGGAGCCUGUUUCUCCGGCCACCACCUCUUCCCGGUUACAACCAGCGGUUCGAUCAGUCGGUCCUUUUUCCGGUCUAGUCAUCAGCGUAACCGGUCUCUCUGAAGAAGCAAGGAAUCAGGUUAAGGAAGCUACAGAGAAACUUGGUGGUGAAUACAGUUCUCUUUUGCAUUCUCUGUGUACCCAUUUGGUCGUUCAGAGCUACGAUGGACGCAAGUUUGAACAUGCCUUGAAACAUGGGAGAAGAGAUAGCCUACAUAUCGUUACGCUUGGUUGGUUUGUGGACAGCGUUCGCAGAAAUGUUAAGUUGUGCGAGUCUUCCUACACGGUGAAAGAUCCUGAAAAACCAGAAAGAAUUGUUCAAGGAACAGAGUUCACAGAGAGCAAAGACUUGGCUUUGUCAGGCUAUUCAGUUUUUAUCGAUCCCGAUGUUUCAGAUGAAGUAAGACGACGGGUUUCAAAGGUGAGUGUUGAAGGUGGUGCCAAGCUCAUGAAUCAGUGGUUUAUUGGAUGUAAUGCAAGUCAUGUUGUAUGUGAAGCUGGUUCUGUCCAGAGAUAUCUGGGUCACUCGAGCCAUCUUGUUACACCACUCUGGCUUCAGAAGACAUUGGAAGAGAAACCAACGUAGACUCUAAUCCGAAUGUCAGCCGAUUUGGCAAGGGAUCUUAGGUUAAUGCUUGAGAAUCUUGGGAAGGAAUCCCGCAUGGAAUGUGUUCCAGGAGAUGCCUCGAUGUUAAGGACGACGACAUGCAAAGAAAGACAGAAGAUUGUGGAAUCUGCCAAAAAGGCUGUCAGAAAUCGCCACGCAAAGAUGGGCAAGACGCUGAUCCAGCCGUUAAAUCUGAGCAGCCUGCUAGAUUCUAUUUGCUGGACGAUCUCCGAGCCAACCUCAACAGCUACCAUUUACACAAAUAGUUUCAGCGACAUUGAAGAUGUUAAAAAAACCGAUGAUUCAUUAACUCAAUCUAUGAGACUUCUCACAGAAAGUGAGAGAAUGGAAUUAGUAUACAAAAACCACUUUAUAACGUUACUACUUCCAGUCGAUUGGUAUGGUGAGAUGGGACCUUCUUCUAGGUCGUAUUUCAGUGAAACCGGCUUCACUUGUCAGCAGAUUCUCCAACACAUCUAUUCAUUCUAUCAGGAAAACAUGUCCGAGGAGGAAAUCAAAAUAGCGAUUCACACCAAAUCAAGGUACAGUGAAAAGCUACGAGCAGCGAGCUCGACGAUAAAAGGCAGGAAGACUGUAUUCAAACGAAUUCAGUUUCUCGGAUCCCGGAAAGGCUUCGAGAUGUUGAAACGUGUUAGUAGCUUCAACUGUAGUAAUGUCUACGAGCUUAUCAUUAAGGCAUAACUCAGAGUUUCAGAAACAAAGCCAUCUAAAACCU